AUGAUUACGAGGUCUAGUGGGAAUUCACCCGCAAAAUUUGAUUCCGAGAUUGAAGCUAGUUGUCGAAGGAACAACGCAAAUCGGAGACUACAACAACGACUGAGAGGUGCAAUGGAGGAACAAGGUGAAGAGAGGAAAAUCCCGAAGAGGCAGGCCGCAUUUUUGGAGUUGAGACGUGAUGAGCCGGGACCAAGUGCAAGUCAAGGAGAAAAGAAAGAUGGAGUCCCGAAGUUAGAGUUGAAACCUUUACCGGAGCACUUGAAGUAUGCAUAUCUUGGAGAGAAUGACACGUUUCCGGUAAUCGUUUCUUCUUACCUUUCUAAUUCGGAGCUUGAGAGAUUAUUGAGAGUCUUAAGAGGGCAUAAAUCGGCGUUUGGUCGAUUAGUGAUUUAA